GAUGUUGAGCGGGAACUGACCAGUCCGACGGAGAAGCAAAAAUAAAAGAGAAAGCAAUCACAGUAAAAAAAACAAACAAAAAAGAAAAUAAAAAAACACAGCAACAGGUAUAGCAAAAACAAAGCAACAACAACUACAACAAAAAAAUUUUCCAAACUAUACAACGAAGUAGACGGAAGACGGAGACGAUCACAUCUUACAGACAACUUAAAAAAAAAAAAAAAAAACUUAUUGGAAACACAACAACAACAACAACAACAACUGCAGCAGCAGUAGUAGUAGCAGCAAAAAACGAUCAGAACAACAACACAACAACAAUAACAACAGAGGCAGCGGCGGCGACAACAAGAGCCGAAGUUGGCUAAAAAACUGCUGCAGUAACUCACAACGGAUUCGUAAAAGUACACAUCACAACAACAACAAACAGAAAACUUUAAUUAUACUAACAACAACAACAACAACGACAACAACAACAAAUAUAGCUGAAUGAAUAUUCUGCUGCAAAAAUACCGUAUUCUUGGCAUUAAAGGAGAAGGUACAUUCUCUGAGGUGUUGAAAUGUGAGAGAGUGAAAGAUGGUACCCUGUGGGCUUGCAAGAAGAUGAAACAGUCUUUCCGUAGUUAUCAUGAAGUCAACAACUUAAGAGAAAUACAAGCUAUGCGCCAUUUAAACCCACAUCGGAAUAUUCUUGACCUUCAGGAAGUAAUAUUUGAUAAGAAAUCCGGUGUUUUAGUUCUGAUCUGUGAACUGAUGGACAUGAACAUUUAUGAAUACAUUCGAGACAAAAGAAGUUAUUUAUCUGAGAGGACAGUGAAAAAUUAUAUGUAUCAGCUGUGUAAAUCAAUCGACCAUAUACACAGGCUUGGAAUAUUCCAUCGAGAUGUGAAACCAGAGAAUAUUUUACUUAAACUCCAUGAAAAUCUUCUGAAAUUGGCUGAUUUUGGAUCUUGUCGGAUGCUGAGCUCACCACCUCCCUACACAGAGUAUAUUUCCACUCGGUGGUACCGUGCUCCAGAAUGCUUAUUAACAGAGGGUCACUAUACCUACAAAAUGGACAUUUGGAGUGUAGGGUGUGUUUUCUUUGAAAUCAUUUGUCUGCGACCAUUAUUUCCCGGAGUCAAUGAAGUUGACCAAAUUGCUAAAAUCCACGAUGUUAUUGGUACACCAAGUAGAGACUUGCUCAACAAAAUUCAGAAAUGGUCACGAGGUGUACCGUACAACUUCUCGGAUAAGAGAGGUACAGGAAUUGCGAAGUUGAUACCACAUGCCUCUCAAGAAGCUGUCAAUUUGAUACAGUGCUUAUGUUCAUAUGAUCAAGAUGAAAGAAUCACAGCUCACCAAGCACUCAAGCUUCCUUACUUCCGAGAAUUUAGAGAUAUUGAUCAAGUGAGACUGAAAUCUUCAACAAAGAUGAUGGACGUAAGUAAAAAGAAUAUUUGUCUGGACAAAGAUCUCACGGCUGCUCUUCCAAGAAUAUCCGAGGAGGGCAAGAAUGAUUCUGAUAGUAAGUUUUCUGUGAUAACCAAUUUGCCAAAAGCUCAGUCGUUGCCCUCACAUCUCAGCCAUCAUAAGGAGAGAAGAAAAAGGAAACACAAGAAAAGCCGAGAAAACCAAGAAUUCCUGAGCCAUACUGGGUUACUUCCUCAGCUGAUGGUCCACUCAAGUGCUGUGAAUCCCUUCUCCCGAGCCAAUCUUCAAACCGAUACUUCAAAGUUCAAUGCUGGCAGCAGACUAAAGAUUUUACCAAACAUUUCAAAGGCAACCAAAUCACAAAAGCCAUCAAAUGGUCCAACCAAGAACAUUUACAGGAAUUACAAGCUGGCACCAAUUCUCGGUGCCAAAAGAGAAGCAGCAGGUCUGUGAAUUCUGAAUCAAGUCUAUUUUAUUUUUCUAUCAUCGCUGUUGCUAUCAUCAUCACCAUCAUCAUCAUCUUCAUCAAUAUUAUUAUUACAACUUCAUCCUGUUCAUACGAUGUACUUUAUUUAAUACGAAACUUUAACGUCACAAUCUCUUCUUGUAAAAGUAUAAUA